UCGGGCGCGCGCAUGUGACUUUAUUAAUAGAAGAGAUCUAAACGGAGCGCGUGCCACAAAGUCUCAACUGGUACAAGAAAGCGUUUCAGUGUCACUUGUGUUGACGACUGUACCAGCUGAUGCGUGCGGUUACUGCGACUAUUACAUGCGAGUUCAUGGACUACCCUGGACAUUUUGGACGCGAAGGUACCAGUUUAAAAAGUUGUGAGUGAUGGCGCGAACUGAAAUUAAUAUCGAUGCUGCAUUUGAAAUUCCCAGAAAGGAUGUAGAGCAAUUUGACUAUUCUCCGCCCAAAACUACGCAUAGGAAGAAGGAAAGUAAAGAAAGUUGUUUAGUGAAAGUGAAACAGAAGUUGCCAAAUGUAGAUGAAAUUAAGCAGUAUACAGCGGCGGUUUUAUGUGGUUUAUUACUAUGGGGGUCGAGCUGGUUCCUGUUCAAAGAUGCGGUGGCCCCGGGAGGAUUUGCUUUCAAAAUGGCCGCUGUCACAGUCGUGGGCUACACGUGCGGACAUACCCUGGAGCGGUACACAACCAUCACUCCAAUGGUGGGAAUGACCCUGGUGGGAGCCCUAUACCGAACUUUUGGUGGAGAAAACUUCUUAGCAAACCCUGCGGCUGACGCGAUCGAUUUUCACUUAAGGCGCAUAUACCCCGUGAUCAUCCUGACCCGGGGUCCUCUCACCUGGAACUGGGAGUACAUCAGGAGCGCCCCGGUCCGCGUGUUCUCACUGGCCACGUUACCCUGGGUGGUGGAGUGCCUCUCCGUGGCUGUAUUUGCUCAUCUGCUGCUCGGGUUCCAAUGGUAUUGGGGUAUCCACCUCGGGGCUAUACUGUCGUCAGUGUCCCCGGCGGUGGUGGUGCCGGCGUGUCAGGCGCUGACGGCUCGGGGGCUCGGCACUAGGAACAAGAUCGGCCUGCUGGUGGGCAACGCUGGGGGUCUGGAUACUGCCUUCACGGAGGGCAUGUUCGGAGUCAUCAACACUGCCAUUUUUGUUGACGCUCCACUGUAUUACAGGAUUGUUAAGGCAGUGCUGGCGAUAUUCGUCGGCAUCCUCUUGGGCGUGGCGUGGGGUACCCUGUUGGACCUGGUCCCGGCUCACUCGGACCACUACGCGCCUGUCACCCGCAGUCUGCUGAUCUUCGCUGGUGGACUCUUGCUGUCAUACGCGUGUGCAUUCUUGGGCUGGGGAGGCACUUCAGGAGUAGCCAUUAUGGUGUGCGCGGGCACUGCAGCCACGCGCUGGGCGCGGCGCGGCUGGCCCAUCAACGACAACCCCGUGUCUGAAGUAUUCAAGCUGCUGUGGAGAGUCUUCGAGCCCAUGCUGUUCACGCUCAGCGGAUACUAUCUAGACGUGUCAAGUAUGACAUUAGCCGACGCCGCGCACAUGACGUCCUGCAUCCUGUUGGCGCUGCUGCUCCGCUUGCUCGCUGCUUUCCUGGUAGCUCUGGCCAACGAACUCUCCCUCAAGGAGAGUCUCUUCAUCGCGGUCACUUGGAUGCCGAAGGCCAUUGUUGAGGCAGUUCUAGUGCGGGUAGCCACUGACUCUCUCUGGACCAAUGGGACUACAAGUGAAGACAUAAAAGCUGCCAAGUUACAUUCCAAUAUCAUCGUUAUAGCCAUUCUGAUAACGUCUACUUUAGGUUCCAUUCUUACCACAGUGCUGGGGCCUAUAUUGUUAUCAUCAGACUCCAAAGUGUCUCCUGCUCAUACAUGUAAUAGUUAAAUCGCAUAGGUUCUAGAUUUUUUUUUUAAAUAAUAAAUAUUGACGAUUAGCUAAUAUACAGGGGAAGCAAAUACAAGCCUAUACAACAUUAUAUGACGUUGAUGAUUACGAUAAAUCCAAAUAAUUACUUAAAACAUUAUUUUUAUAUUGUACCUAUAGGUACCUACCGUUCUACCAAAUCAAAAAGCUCAAACGUAUUCUCCAAUGAUCUCAUAAAUUAUAUAAGUAAUUGCAUGAACAUGUAUCUUAAGAAUAAGUAUGUUGUAACUACUUAGCAAGUAAAUAAAGUGAAUUAUUCAAAAUAUGUAAAUAUUUUUUUGUUUGAUAGUUGUAUGGAUAAGUACUCAAUAUAGACCAUCUUCUAUCGUCAAAGCCUUAAGCACUACCAAUCACUCUUUCAACAUAACCAAAGGUUACCUGGUAGAAAAUGCUGCUAGCAUUAAGUUCGUCUUUGUACCAAUUUACUU